UGUAGAGGAGGCAGAGAGCCCCAACUGUUGCUCGGUCCUGUCUGUGUGCCCCCUGCUGGGAGACCUGAGACAGAACUCUGGAAAGGGUGGGAAGUCUUGUCUCUGGCCAACCUCUCCCAGCAUAAUGGGGGCCAAGCCUGCUGUGUGGGUGGACAGUAGGUAGUGCCAGAGACAGGUUCCUGAAGUGGGGGUACAGGCCUUUCAAGGCAUGUCUAGGAUGAAGACACCUGAUAAAAAGCCAGCUAGUGCUCUUCUGUGGCCUACACAGGAACCAGACAGUGUGGGUGAGGACAGGCCGUUCUUCCUGCCAAUAGAUGACUUCCUCCUCUGGUCAGGAUCCUGCCUCAGGCAGGAACGUACCUCUGCACCCACAACAGUUUCUGCUCAGACUGCCUGUCAAACCCAUUCUGCAUCCGAAGAUCUUGGAGCGCGAUCGCAGGAAGGUGGAGCUUGGGGGUGCUCUGUGGGAGUUGCUCCUCUCCCCCCAAAUUCCAUAAUGAGGGCCCGUGUGCUUGUAGGUAUGCUGGCCGUGGUGGGCUUUGCGGUGGGGAAGGCUCCGGUUGCCAGAGUCCGUACCUGCCACCUGUGCCUCUUAGAAGACCCUUCGCUAGGCUGCAUUUCUGGCUCAGAAAAGUGCACCAUCAGCCUUCCAUCGCCGUGUAUGGUGAUCACCAUCUAUAAGUAUUCUACUGUUCGCUUCCACGUACGGGGCUGUGGACAGCAUCAUUCCUACCAAUGUCAAGAAAGGCAUAUGAUCUACCAGUCAGACUACUUGUAUAAGGCUGAUUGCUGCCAGUACGAUUACUGCAACUCCUGGUCCAGUGCUCAGCACCAGGGCACCCUGCCUGGGCCCCCGGGAAGCCAUCUGGGCAUGCCCCUGUCAGCGGCUCAGAUAAAACGGUUUUACCAGGCCUUGAACCUCUCUCUGCCUCAGCCUGGCUUCCAUGCUCAUAAGGUGUCUGAGGGCCUGGACUCUCUCAUUCUGCCCCUGGAGCUGGGCUUGCCCAUUGCCGACCUGCGCCAAAUAUACUUGUUCCUCAACAGUUCAGGACUUCUGGUCCUUCCCCCGAAUAGACCCUGACGUGUUCCCCUUCCUAGAUUCUGCUCUGUCCGAGAGAUUCUUCCUUUGAGGGGCCCAGCAUCCUGCUCCGCGGUCUGUGAACACUCAGAUCCUCUGAGCCCUGUGAUCUCUUAGGCCAGCUUCCAGAUGGCACCUGGCUCUGGGGACUGGUUUGUCUUCCUCCUGUUCGAGAAGCUUAAGGAUGGUUUUCACCCAGGCUGACCUGACAAGGAUUCCCAUUUUGAGUGUCACCGUCUUGGUGUGCCCUCAGUCUGGUCAUAUGCCAUAUCUAAGCCUCAGCAGCAAGGCCAAAGGGUGGACUUGCAUACCUUUACAUCUAGCACAGUGACCUGUCUCACUCUCUCCACCAUCCUGGUCCGCUGUCCUUGGCCUCAUCGUUUCACCUGCCUGCCUGCCUUGUGAGGGGUUGUGGCGGCUCCCAUGUCUCCGUAAUAAAUCAAAACUUGGCAAAA